GUACUAAUUCACCAGGCGUAGCUCCGCACACCGAUUAUGUGCUUGACAUGAUUUCGCGCUGGUCGAUUUGCAUGAUCAUACUUGGAUGGUGGCGAUGCGAAGAAAAUGUUCAAUUUCAGCUUUAGAAGGUGCAGCGAGCUCGGAUAUGGAGCUCGCGACUAUUGAAGCAACAGCAGCAGCAGGCUCUCUUGAGGCCUCCUUCAUUUUCCAUAUCUCCGUUGACAUAAUCGGCUUCGCACUCUUCAUGCAUGAGCAAAUCCCUUCCGUAUUGCAGGAUCUUACCUCUGCAUUUGAUGAAUUGCAGGCCGAAUUCGAGGUUUUGGAGACAGCUGUGGCUCAGGAGGGAAUGAAGGGUUCGGUCAGGAGAAAACACGCCUCUAGAAAGAGAGAGGUCAGGGUUGGUAUAAGAAAGUUCGAGAAGUUCAUGAAGUCGAUUUCAAAUAUGAAAAGUGCUCUGCAACUGAUGAUAACUGCAUUUCCAAGCAUUGAGAGUGUGCUUUUGGUUCUGGGAUCUACCCCUCUUCGCCCGCUUCAUGUCUAUGAACUGCAAUUCCCCUGCGGAGGAAGGGUUCUUUCUGGAGAUUUUUCUAGGUCCAGAGUGGUGGAAACACUCUCCAAGAAGGCUAUAAGGGAAUUAGUAUCAAGAGGUGCUGGUUCCAGUUCGUAUCCUGGUGCUACAAAGCUCUAUCUGUUAGUCAGAGCUCCAUCUUCAGUCAGUCUGCCUCUGCAUUUUUUCCCCAAGCGUGACUUUAGAUACAGCAAGAAGGUAACUCCCUUUAAGCUGAGGUUUAAGUGCAUAGGCAACGAUGACAAUCAAGAUGGUGAUGCAACUAAUUUCACGGGUUGUGCAUCCCCGGAUGAAAUUAUUUGGUUUCAAUGUCGGCACGUAAUCAAGGGCUUGGCUUGCAGGACAUCUCCAUCUGAAGAAGACUGAUCCUAGGUAGCAUCUUUUUGCAGAAACUCACAUUCUUCCAUUUGGAACACAAAUUGUUAUUAGGAAACGUAGUUCAUAUUCCACUCCCAUAGUUAACAUUUCUGCUAUCUUGAUUAGACACAGAAAAAGAACUAUGCUUUGCUCUAAUUCAAA